AAAACACAGAGAAAGAGGACCGAGCGAGCCAGAUAGCAUGAAAAAUAUUUGAGACUAUUCAAAGUUUACCAACUACUCCCAAGUCCCAACAACUUAAUUGAGUUUCUUAGUGCCCUCCCCAGCACAACUUUUAGUCUAUAAAUUUGGCUAUUGGUCUCUUUCUUAAUUUGUGCCUUUCAAAUAAAUCCAAUCCAUUUUUCUAGUAUUAGAGCUCAGAUUGACAGAUUCUACAGCCAUUUUUUUCAGAAUGAGUUCAAUUAUUGGAGAACUUCUUGCCAUUGAGAAGGGAUCGAAAUCAGAAACUAACGGCAUGGCAACCGCACCGGAGAAGAUCAUCCUCAAAAGUCAAGCACUUAAGAAGUACAUUUUAGAAAAAUGCUACCCGCGAGAGCAUGAGCAAUUGAAGGAACUCAGAGAGGCCACAAUUGACCAACAUCCUUUUUGGAGUUUGAUGAAUGUGCCUAUCGAUGAAGGUCUACUCCUCUCAAUGCUUCUAAAGACCAUGAACGCAAAGAAGACAUUAGAAAUUGGAGUCUUUACUGGUUAUUCUCUUCUUACUACUGCUUUAGCACUACCAGCUGAUGGCAAGAUAAUAGCUAUUGAUCCAAACAGGGAAGCAUAUCAAACUGGAUUGCCAUUUAUUCAGAAGGCUGGAGUGGAACAUAAGAUUAAUUUUAUUGAAUCAGAUGCCUUGUCAGUUUUGAAUGAUCUAAUUACCAAUGGCAAACAAGAAGGGACAUUCGAUUUCGCAUUUGUGGAUGCUGAUAAGGAAGGCUACAUCAAAUAUCAUGAACUACUUUUGAAACUGGUUAAGAUUGGUGGAAUAAUUGCAUAUGAUAAUACCUUAUGGUUUGGGUCAGUGGCUGAACCUGAAGAAGAUAAGAUGGAGGAAUAUUUGAAGCUUGGCAAAAAGUGUCUCGCGGAAUUGAAUAGCUUUCUAGCAACUGAUCCUCGCAUCGAAUCAUCCCUCGUCUCUAUUGGUGAUGGCCUCACCCUCUGCAGGCGCAUCUGCUAGUGAAAUCAACAAAUUGAAGUUCUAGCUGCUGCACUAGCAUGCAUGUUACUCAAAUGGUUAUUUAGAAUAAAUCAAGUGUCUGAAAAACCUCACAAAUAUGUGUGACAGUAAGGAUGAUCAAUAAGAGAAUCUAUUACGUA